AUGACCAAGGUACAGGAACAAGGGGAACUCUGUAUUGUGAGGAGAGAAGAUAGAAGUAUUUCGAGUACGAUGAUUAGGGGAACAUAAUUGGCUAUGUGCAAAUCUGUUUAAAUGAGAAAAAUAUUCCCUGCUGAAAUAUGUUUGCACAUAUGCAGCAAAACAGCACUAAUUACUAAUUAAUUGCAUUAAAUUAGAUAAUAGAUCUAAUUUGGGGGGAGAAGGGGGCAUUUGGUGUAUAUAAAAAAAGUUAAUUACUGGGCGUCAAAUUUGAAGUCUUAUAUUACUAGCCAAGCCUUAAAGGUUACUAGCCACUGCAAGCCAUAGCAUACUCACCAAGGGUAAAUUUCUACUCGCCAAUGGCUAGCGGCAAGUGGAUAUAUUGUUAUUAUUAUUCUAUUAUUUAUAUAGCGCCAGCAAAUUCUGUAGCACUGUACAAUGGAUGGACUAACAGACACGUAAUUGUAACCAGACAAGUAGACGCACAGGAACAGAGGAGUUGAGGGCCCUGCUCAAUGAUCUUAUAUGCUAGAGGGAGUGGGGUAUAGUGACACAAAAAGUAUAAGUAGGGGUGACGGAAGUAGGUUGCUAGAAAAGUAUUAAUUGAGGGCUUAGUAGGUCAUUUUUGACAGUUGCAGGAGAAGAGUCAUGGGGGGGGGGGUUGAAAACCUGCUAACAGUUUAGUUGAUACGCUUUCCUGAAGAAGUGAGUUUUCAAAGAGUCUUUGAAGGAGUGGAGACUGGGUGAAAGUCUAACAGAGAAGGGAAGGGAGUUCCACAGAAAAAGUGCAGCCCUGGAGAAGUCUUGAAGGCGAGCAUCGGUUGGAGGAGCACCAGGAGAGAGCAGUAUCCCGUAGACCAAGAUUACGGAGUAUGAGAAGAAACUGUUAAUGAUCAACAGUGUAAAGGGCAGCAGAAAGAUCAAGGAGAAUUAGGAUAGAGUAAUGGCCACAAGAUUUAGCAGCGAUUAAAUUAUUGGAUACUUUGGUCACAACCCUUUCGACAGAGUGACUAGCGCAGAAUCCAGACUGAAGUGGGUCAAGCAGAGAGUUGGAUUCAAGGAAGUCUGUCAAUCUCGCAUACACAACUCUCUCAAGGAUCUUAGCGGCAAAUGGCAGUAGCAAUAUAAGGCGGUUGUUGGAUGGGGAGUUGUGGUCAAGGCUAGGUUUUUUCAGAAUCGGGGUUAUGGUUGCAUGUUUGAAGGGUGAAGGAAAUGUGCCAGAGAAAAGGCAUAGAUUGAAAAUUUUAGUGAGAGGAAGAGCAAGAGAGUGAGACUAAGUGCAGAUGAGAUAUGAGGAAAUAGGUUCUUAAUAUGCAUUAAUUUUUAGAUCAGUAUUGUAUUACAGUUCCCAUCACUCUCUAUCCAGCAUUAUAACUUUAACAAAGGGCCCCACAGAUGUACCUAUUGGGUUAAUGUGAGAUGCCUUUUGAGAUAACUUACUCAUCAAUUAUUAAUUUAUACAGUAUCAAGUCAGUAAUAUGUCCUAAAAUAACAGUCAACCUCUGCUGCCGAUAGCAACCCCUAUCGUGCCAGCCACUGACAAUAGCUGGUAUAAUAUACACAAUUACAGUGUCAGAUUUUAUUCUAUUGAAACUGACAGUCAGUUUGCCAAGUACAUCUUUAAUCAACUACAGCAUCUUUCAUCACGUUCAUCCGAGGAUGUAGGAGAAUGAUCGGAAUUUCAGCCCCAGUUCUGGGAGUUUUUCCGCCUGAGGAUAUUCAUACCAUGUAUGGUGUACAGGUAUCUAGAAACACAAAGCUAAAUUGUUAUUUCUUUAUAUUUAUUGCAGACACAGAAAAGAAUCUCUCUAUCUGAUAUUUUUUCAGGAAUCAACGAAGAAGAGGUAAGAUUUCGAUGUGUGUAUAAUAAAAUCUAUCUAUCUAUCUAUCUACCUAUCUAACUAACUAACUAACUAUGUAUCUAUCUAUCUAUCUAUCUAUCUAUCUACCUAUCUAUCUAACUAACUAACUAACUAACUAACUAACUAACUAUCUGUCUGUAUAUCUAUCUACCUGUCUGUCUGUCUAUCUAUCCACCUGUCUGUCUGUCUAUAUGUCUGUCUGACUGUCUAGCUAUCUGUCUAUCUAUCUGUCUAUCUACACAUAUGUAUAAAAAUUUAAGGUGUAAGGUUAAAUGCAUUCAUGCUAAACUUAUUAAAAUCCCAAAAUUCAUUAUUUAAAAACAGUAGUUUUUUUCACCAUUGCAUACAUAUUCAUUCUCACACAUGUACUGUCUCUGUGUACCUUUAUUCCUUAUACACACCUGUAUUAUUUUUGCAUACCUGUGCUCCCUGGGCAUGCCUGCCUGUAUUCUCUACAUACCUGUACGGCUUCUAUACCUGUACUUUCAACACACCUUUACUGCUUCUCUAUACCUGUAAUAUGUAUAUAUCUGUACUGUUUCUCUAUACAUGUAAUAUGUACAUAACUGUACUGUUUCUCUAUACGUGUAAUAUGUACAUACCUGUACUGUUUCUCUAUACGUAUAAUAUGUACAUACCUGUACUGUUUCUCUAUACGUGUAAUAUGUACACACCUGUACUGUUUCUCUAUACGUGUAAUAUGUACAUACCUGUACUGUUUCUCUAUACCUGUAAUAUGUACAUACCUGUACUGUUGCUCUAUAUGUGUAAUAUGUACACACCUGUACUGUUUCUCUGUACGUGUAAUAUGUACACACCUGUACUGUUUCUCUAUACCUGUAAUAUGUACACACCUGUACUGUUUCUCUAUACAUGUAAUAUGUACAUACCUGUACUGUUUCUCUGUACGUGUAAUAUGUACACACCUGUACUGUUUCUCUGUACGUGUAAUAUGUACAUACCUGUACUGCUUUUCUAUAUGUGUAAUAUGUACACACCUGUACUGUUUCUCCAUAACUAUAUUCCAUAUACACAUGUAUUGUUUCUGUGUUCUUCCUUCCUAUUUAUUCAGGAUGUGACUUCCAAUGCUUUAUCGGACCAUGGUUUUGGGUUCAGGAUCCCAGUGGAUGGCUGCACCCCACCAGCAGUGGAUGAAGCUGCCAUAAUUAUACCAACUCUACCCGAUCAGCUACACCAGAGUGAGACAUCCACACAGGGUGAGAGAGGGGAGCAGAGAUGGGAUGAACAUUCAAUAGUCAGAUAAUUCACAUUCGGUCUACUGAAACAGGCUUAUUAUCUUCCUAUACAGAUAUUCCCGGAUCAGACGUGCCCUGCACUCCCAAAGAGCCCACAUCAUUGUGCUCCCUGCAACACCUCUCCAGGAUACUAAUCCACAUUUCAGUGAUACUAUCGAUCGCAGCAACUUCCCUGUCAAUCUGUCUCCUCUGUGAGUCCUUCACCCCAUCCUGUCUUAUUCUCUAUACACUGUGCACCCCAUCCUGUAUUAUUCUAUAUACACUCCGCACUCUAUCCUGUCUUAUUCUAUAUACACUCCGCACCCCAUCCUGUCUUAUUCUAUAUACACCCUGCACCCCAUCCUGUCUUAUUCUAUAUACACCCCGCACCCCAUCCUGUCUUAUUCUAUAUACACCGUGCACCCCAUCCUGUCUUGUUCUAUAUACACCGUGCACCCUAUCCUGUCUUAUUCUAUAUACACCCUGCACCCCAUCCUGCCUUAUUCUAUAUACACCCUGCACCCCAUCCGGUCUUAUUCUAUAUACACCCAGCACCCCAUCCUGUCUUAUUCUAUAUACACCCCGCACCCCAUCCUGUCUUAUUCUAUAUACACCCUGCACCCCAUCCAGUCUUAUUCUAUAUACACCCCGCACCUCAUCCUGUCUUAUUCUAUAUACACCGUGCACCCCAUCCUGUCUUAUUCUAUAUACACCCCGCACCUCAUCCUGUCUUAUUCUAUAUACACCGUGCACCCCAUCCUGUCUUUUUCUAUAUACACCCUACACCCCAUCCUGUCUUAUUCUAUAUACACCCCACACCCCAUCCUGUCUUAUUCUAUAUACACCGUGCACCCCAUCCUGUCUUAUUCUAUAUACACCCCGCACCCCAUCCUGUCUUAUUCUAUAUACACCCGCACCCCAUCCUGUCUUAUUCUAUAUACACCCACACCCCAUCCUGUCUUACUCUAUAUACACCGUGCACCCCCUCCUGUCUUAUUCUAUAUACACCCUGCACCCCAUCCUGUCUUAUUCUAUAUACACCCCGCACCCCAUCCUGUCUUAUUCUAUAUACACCCUGCACCCCAUCCUGUCUUAUUCUAUAUACACCCCGCACCUCAUCCUGUCUUAUUCUAUAUACACCGUGCACCCCAUCCUGUCUUAUUCUAUAUACACCCCGCACCCCAUCCUGUCUUAUUCUAUAUACACCCCGCACCCCAUCCUGUCUUAUUCUAUAUACACCCAUCCUGUCUUAUUCUAUAUACACCAUGCACCCCAUCCUGUCUUAUUCUAUAUGCACCGUGCACCCCAUCCUGUCUUAUUCUAUAUACACCAUGCACCCCAUCCUGUCUUAUUCUAUAUGCACCGUGCACCCCAUCCUGUCUUGUUCUAUAUACACCGUGCACCCUAUCCUGUCUUAUUCUAUAUACACCCUGCACCCCAUCCUGUCUUAUUCUAUAUACAACCUGCACCCCAUCCGGUCUUAUUCUAUAUACACCCCGCACACCAUCCGGUGUGAUUCUAUAUACACCCCGCACCCCAUCCUGUCUUAUUCUAUAUACACCCUGCACCCCAUCCAGUCUUAUUCUAUAUACACCCCGCACCCCAUCCUGUCUUAUUCUAUAUACACCCCGCACCUCAUCCUGUCUUAUUCUAUAUACACCGUGCACUCCAUCCUGUCUUGUUCUAUAUACACCGUGCACCCUAUCCUGUCUUAUUCUAUAUACACCCUGCACCCCAUCCUGUCUUAUUCUAUAUACAACCUGCACCCCAUCCGGUCUUAUUCUAUAUACACCCCGCACACCAUCCGGUGUGAUUCUAUAUACACCCCGCACCCCAUCCUGUCUUAUUCUAUAUACACCCUGCACCCCAUCCAGUCUUAUUCUAUAUACACCCCGCACCUCAUCCUGUCUUAUUCUAUAUACACCGUGCACCCCAUCCUGUCUUAUUCUAUAUACACCCCGCACCUCAUCCUGUCUUAUUCUAUAUACACCGUGCACCCCAUCCUGUCUUUUUCUAUAUACACCCUACACCCCAUCCUGUCUUAUUCUAUAUACACCCCACACCCCGCACCCCAUCCUGUCUUAUUCUAUAUACACCCCGCACCUCAUCCUGUCUUAUUCUAUAUACACCGUGCACUCCAUCCUGUCUUAUUCUAUAUACACCCCUGCACCCCAUCCUGUCUUAUUCUAUAUACACCCUGCACCCCAUCCUGUCUUAUUCUAUAUACACCCCGCACCCCAUCCUGUCUUAUUCUAUAUACACCCCGCACCCCAUCCUGUCUUAUUCUAUAUACACCCAGCACCCCAUCCUGUCUUAUUCUAUAUACACCCCGCACCCCAUCCUGUCUUAUUCUAUAUACACCCAGCACCCCAUCCUGUCUUAUUCUAUAUACACCAUGCACCCCAUCCUGUCUUAUUCUAUAUACACCCCGCACUCUAUCCUGUCUUAUUCUAUAUACACCCCAUCCUGUAUUAUUCUGUAUACACCCCGCACCCCUUCCUGUCUUAUUCUAUAUACACCCCGCACCCCAUCCUGUCUUAUUCUAUAUACACCCUGCACCCCAUUCUGUCUUAUUCUGUAUACACCCCACACCCCAUCCUGUCUUAUUCUAAAUCCCCCCCUCACCCCAUCCCGUCUUAUUCUAUAUACACCCCGCACCCCAUCCCGUUUUAUUCUAUAUACACCCCGCACUCCAUCCUGUCUUAUUCUAUAUACACACUGCACCCCAUCCUGUCUUAUUCUAUAUACACCCUGCACCCCAUCCUGUCUUAUUCUAUAUACACCAUGCACCCCAUCCUGUCUUAUUCUAUAUACACCCCGCACCCCAUACCGUCUUAUUCUAUAUACACCCCGCACCUCAUCCUGUCUAAUUCUAUAUACACAAUGCACCCCAUUCUGUCUUAUUCUGUAUACACCCUGCACCCUAUCCUGUCUUAUUCUAUAUACACCCCGCACCCCAUCCUGUCUUAUUCUAUAUACACCCUGCACCCCAUUCUGUCUUAUUCUAUAUACACCCUGCACCCCAUGCUGUCUUAUUCUAUAUACACCCCGCACCCCAUCCUGUCUAAUUCUAUAUACACCCCGCACCCCAUCCUGUCUAAUUCUAUAUACACCAUGCACCCCAUUCUGUCUUAUUCUGUAUACACCCUGCACCCUAUCCUGUCCCGACACCUCAAACUGCCCUCUUUACAAGAUUUUGUGCCAACCACACAGUUUUUUUUUUCUAAUAUUUGA